CUCACAGUGCGCUCUGUCUCUAGUGUGUGGACAUGGACCCUCGACCUGUGAAGAUGGUGGUCUUGCACUUCUAUCGCUCUGUCCAGCCACCGUUCAGCGCACCCCAUCCUUCUGGCACUGAGUAUAUUCAGAGUGAGCAGAGAGAGUUGUGCUACAAUGUCAACUGGACAAGUGAGUCUCCCCCAUCCAGUCAGGAGGUUGAUGCCCUGCGUUGGCUCUUCAGUUGUCCUUUUGACCCUGACGGUAUCUCGGACACGUCUUAUCUUCACCCUGAGCCCUCUGACCUUCUGAUAGAAAUUGGCCCAAGGAUGAAUUUCUCCACCGCAGCCUCCACCAACGCGGUCUCCGUCUGUCGCUCUAUCGGUCUCUCACAUGUAGACAGGAUUGAGUGUUCCCGGAGGUACUUGAUAAAGUUCCAGACCCAACCAGAGGAGGGCGAGUUGAAGAAGAUCUCGAUGUCUCUGUAUGACCGAAUGACGGAAUGUGUCUACCCUGAGCCUGUGACCAGCUUCCAGGUGUCUGUCCUUCCUGAGCAGGUGUAUGAAGUGGAUGUGCUGGGGCAAGGCAGGGCGGCGCUGGAGAGGGCCAACACUGAGCUGGGUUUGGCGUUUGACUCGUGGGAUCUCGAUUUUUACACGGCUCUGUUCCAACGCGUGGGGCGGAACCCUAGCAGUGUGGAAUGCUUUGACCUGGCGCAGUCUAACAGUGAGCACAGUCGCCAUUGGUUUUUUAAAGGCAAGCUGACGGUCGAUGGGGAGGAGAAGGAGAUGUCUCUGUUUGACAUGAUCAUGAAGACUCAGGAUACGAGUAAUCCGAACAAUGUCAUCAAAUUCUGUGACAACAGCAGUGCGAUCCAGGGAAGCGAGGUCUCAUGUCUGAACCCCACAGACCCUUCGUGUGCUGGACCUUAUCGCUUGCACUCCUCCGUGCGACACCUGAUCUUCACUGCGGAAACUCACAAUUUUCCAACUGGUGUUGCUCCAUUCAGCGGAGCUACCACCGGCACAGGUGGACGUAUUCGGGAUGUUCAGAGCACGGGACGUGGGGCCCAUGUUAUUGCGGGUACAGCUGGGUACUGUUUUGGGAACCUUCAUAUUCCAGGGUACUCGCUCCCUUGGGAGGACUCUUCCUUUCAAUACCCCGUGCAGUUUGCCCGGCCUCUAGAGGUCGCUAUUGAAGCAAGUAAUGGCGCCUCAGAUUAUGGGAAUAAAUUUGGCGAGCCAGUCCUGACCGGAUUUGCUCGUUCGUUUGGACUUCGUUUGCCCUCCGGGGAAAGACGAGAAUGGGUAAAACCCAUAAUGUUUAGUGGAGGAAUUGGGUCAAUGGAGGAUGUUCACCAUAAGAAAGAGACUCCUGAACCAGGAAUGCUGGUGGUAAAAGUCGGGGGUCCAAUCUAUCGGAUAGGUGUUGGAGGGGGAGCUGCAUCCUCUAUUCAGGUUCAGGGUGAUAAUGCCAUUGAUCUUGAUUUUGGAGCCGUACAACGAGGGGACGCAGAGAUGGAGCAAAAAAUGAAUCGCGCAGUGCGGGCUUGUGUGGAGAAAAUCUCCAGUAAUCCAAUCUGUAGCAUCCAUGAUCAGGGGGCAGGAGGCAACGGUAAUGUUCUGAAAGAGCUCAGCGAGCCUCAAGGAGCUGUGAUCUACACACGCCACUUCCAGCUCGGGGACCCUACUUUGAGUGUGCUGGAGAUUUGGGGUGCAGAAUAUCAGGAAUCCAAUGCGUUGCUUGUCCGUCCGUCUGAUGAGAAAUUCCUGCGUUCUGUUUGCAGUAGAGAGAGAUGCCCUGUAGACUUUGUGGGCAAGAUCACAGGAGAUGGCAAGAUUGUGUUGGUAAAUGGCGGUGAAUCAGAUCCUGUCCCAAAUUCCAAUGACCGUAAUAGCCUUCCUGUAGAUCUUCAGCUGGACUGGGUACUGGGGAAGAUGCCACGCAAGGAAUUUGCUCUAAAUCGAAUUACUCCUAAACUACAACCUUUGAAUUUACCCAGUGAGCUGACAGUCCGGGAUGCUCUGCAGCGGGUUCUGAGAUUACCAGCCGUGGGAAGCAAACGGUACCUGACUAAUAAGGUGGACCGUUCAGUCACUGGUCUUGUGGCCCAGCAGCAAUGUGUAGGCCCUCUACACACACCCUUGGCUGACGUGGCUGUGGUAUCGUUGUCCUAUUCUGGAACUGUGGGAGGAGCUACAGCCAUUGGAGAACAACCUAUUAAAGGUCUGCUAAAUCCAGCGGCAGGAGCCCGUCUGGCAGUGGCAGAAGCUCUGACCAACCUCGUGUUUGCUCAGAUAACCGAUCUGAAGGAUGUGAAAUGCAGCGGUAACUGGAUGUGGGCAGCCAAACUCCCGGGAGAGGGAGCUGCAUUGUAUGACGCUUGUGUCGCUAUGUGUGAUGUCAUGGCGAAGUUGGGAGUGGCAAUAGAUGGAGGAAAAGAUUCCCUCAGCAUGGCAGCCAGAGUGGGAACAGAAACCGUCAAAGCCCCAGGGUCUCUUGUUGUUUCCGUGUACGCAGUGUGUCCAGACAUUACCGCAACCAUAACACCCGACCUUAAAAACCCCAAACAACAAGGUGUUCUGCUCUAUGUUCCACUCAGUCCGGGCCUUUACCGGCUGGGUGGCAGUGCACUGUCUCAGUGCUAUUCACAGCUGGGAGAUCAGCCACCUGACCUGGAAGACCCUCAGACAUUGGUGUCCUGUUUCCAGAUUACACAGAAACUUCUCCGAGAUCGCUGCUUGAGUGCCGGACAUGAUGUAAGUGAUGGAGGUUUGAUCACUUGUCUUCUGGAGAUGGCCUUUGCAGGAAAUUGUGGCUUGGAUAUUCAGAUUUCUUUCCCCGGCAGAAGUGCUUUGGAGAUCCUAUUUGCAGAAGAGUUGGGGCUGGUUCUAGAGAUGUCUGAGUUGGUGCUGGAAGGGGUCAUGGCACAGUACCGAGCAGCUGGGGUGCAGUGUCUGAAAAUUGGACGUACCGGUGGUUAUGGGUCUAAUGCCAAGGUCAGAAUCUGUGUGAAUGACCAAGAAGUGCUCUCCGAUGAGGUGGGGAACCUGCGAGCUGUGUGGGAAGAAACAAGUUUUCAGCUGGAGCGCUUGCAGGCUAAUCCAAGUUUUGUGGCCCAGGAAGAGAUUGAACUUCGUCAGAGAGAGGGGCCAAAAUUCCAUCUGACUUUUGACCCCUCAGAGAAAAGUUUACUAUCGCCAGCACCUGGUUCAUCUCAGCCUCGCGUUGCUGUGGUACGUGAAGAAGGAAGCAAUGGGGACAGAGAGAUGGCGGCUGCAUUGUUGAUGGCUGGUUUUGAGGUAUGGGAUCUCACUAUGGAAGACCUUCUAUCUGGAGGGGGCACUUUGGACUCUUUUCGAGGCCUCAUAUUUGUAGGAGGAUUCAGUUAUGCAGAUGUCUUGGGUUCUGCAAAAGGCUGGGCUGCAUCUGUGCGGUAUAACACUGCCGUGCGUGAACAGUUUGAGGCUUUCCGCUGUCGGCCCGACACGUUCAGCCUGGGAGUUUGCAAUGGUUGCCAGCUAAUGGCACUCUUGGGUUGGGUGGGACCAGAUCAUCCCACAGUUACAGGUGAGCUUCCCACUCAGGGAGUACUGCUGAGUCACAAUCUGUCUGGACGGUUUGAGUCUCGUUUUGUCACUGUGAAGAUAGAAACCAGUCCGUCCAUUCUGCUGCGUGGAAUGGAAGGCUCUUCAUUUGGUGUGUGGGUUGCACACGGGGAAGGUCUCAUGAGGUUCCGAUCUCAGAAGGUCCAAGACUACAUAAUCUCUCAACACUUGGCCCCUAUUCUUUAUGUGGAUGAUUCAGGAAAUCCCACUGAGAAAUAUCCCAUGAACCCCAAUGGCUCUCCUCUUGGUAUAGCUGCCCUCUGCUCGGAGGACGGACGUCACUUGGCCAUGAUGCCUCAUCCAGAACGGUGUGUCCUUAUGUGGCAAUGGCCAUGGAUGCCAGAAGAUUGGCUCCAAUCUGUGGAUGUUUCACCAUGGAUGCGUCUAUUUCAAAACGGUUAUCGGUGGUGCCUGGAGAACUAGUGUAGAGUGUAUCCUCAAAACCCCAAAUCUUGGAGAUCUGUAAUCUUAAGAUUACACUAUUUUUCACCUUUUAAUAGCUUUCCUUGCCGGUACAAAAGCCACAGUCUCCAUUGCUACGGGGGAAAUGAUCGAAGAAACGGGUUGUUGGUACAUAAACGGGUUUCGUAAUAUUUGUGAUUUCCCCUUUAAUUCUUUGUUAAUUUACCAUAAGCCUGAUGUAUUUUUAUAUUUCUUGUAUUUGCUGAAUCACCAGGCAGAUAGAAAUCGUAUUCUAUGUAUUUAUGCUGUAUCAGCAUUGUUACACUCUAGUGUUCUAAUACAUUUCUAUGUCAGUAUUCUGUAUUACAACUUCGUAUCAGCCCCAUGUUACCGAAUCUCCUAUUAUCGUAUGUGGUAUUUACAACCUACGAGGAUUUCAUUCCAAUAAAGCCUUUCAUUUCCAUUC